CAGUCGGUUUUCUGUCAAAAAACAGUCGAGAGCUUUGGCGCGUAAAACUGGCUUGGAAAUCUAAAUAAUUUUGUGUAAAUAACAAUAAAUAAUUACUAAAAUGGGCCUCAUUGAAUUAUGUGAAAAGUAUUUUAAAACUAGUAAUCUUUACGAAGUCCUGGGAAUAACAGAAAAGGCUACCGACAAGGAAGUUAAAAAAGCUUACCACAAGCUAUCCUUAAAAGUGCACCCAGAUCGUGUAGAUGAAAAUGAAAAACUUGAAGCUACAGAAAAAUUCAAAGUACUUGGCAGCAUUCACACUAUUCUCAGUGAUCCAAACAAAAGGGCCCUAUAUGAUGAGACAAAAAGUGUUGAUGAUGAUGACUACAAUGUUAUUGUGGAUAGAGACUGGACUAUUUACUGGAGGAUGUUAUUCAAGAAAAUAACUGAUGAGGAUAUCAAGGCCUAUGAGAAGGAAUAUGUUGGAUCUGAACAGGAAAAGAAUGAUCUCAAAGUUGCUUAUUUAUCUGGUAAAGGAGAUAUGGACUAUAUCUGUGAUCAAGUGCAGUUUGCUCGGUCAGAUCAAGAAUCAAGGAUAAGAGGAAUAUUAAGUGGAAUGAUCGAAAAUGGUGAAAUACCACCGUAUAAAAUAUUCACAAAUGAACCAGCCAGGAAGAGGAAGCGUCGUUGGGCCAAAGAGAAUCGUGAAGCUAAGGAAGCUGAAGAACUGAAAAAUGAAUUAGGAUUAGGAUCAGAGAAUAAUAGCUUAGAGCUAAUGAUAAAACAAAAACAACAAUCCAGAGCCCAACAAAUGGAUUCCUUUAUUGAUGAUUUAGCAGCUAAAUAUGGUGGUGACAAAAAAGCAACAAAGAGAAAGGCAGCGCCUAAGACAGAAACCAAAAGUAAAAGGAAGAAAUAAAUUUCAAUAAUUUGUACAAAACUGUAAUAUUUAUUUAAUUUUAAAUUUAGUGUGUCAUCAAUUCAUCAAUGUUUACUAAACAUUAUAAAACAAAACUGUAUGAAAUUUGUAAAACUUUCAAAUAAAUAUUUGUGUAAAACAUAGAUUAUUUUUAUUUGCCUUCUCUACCAUGGCCACUACCAUGCACUUUUAGAGUAAAAUGAAAUUAUAAGAAGAAAACUAAUUUCAAUAGUUGUUACAAAAUGUAAUAUUAUUUAUUUCAUUAUGAAAAUUUUGAAUUAACAUUUUAUUAUGACUCAGUCUAUCUUCAAUGUUUAACAUAAGAAGAAAACAGUAGAAAUAUUAGCUUUCAAAUAAAUAUUUGUUAAAAACCUAAUCGCCUUCUUCCAUGGCCACUUCUAAUG